GAAAGUAGAUAAAUAUGUAACAAAAUAUUGUAUAAUAUGUCUUUCCCAUUACAACUGGAAAUUGUUACCACCUGUGAUGCAAAGACGAAAAAGUCUUGGAGAAGAGUACAAUGGGACGGUACACAAUCAGAAAAUAUAACUUUGCUUGGUCGAAGAACAAUUGCACAGCUUAAUCUAGUGUCUGGAAAGAAAAAAAGAGUGGAUGCAUCCAUCAGAAAACUUCUAGGAAAAGUUGUGUAUAUAAAUACAAGUACCUCUGGAGAAUGUGUCGUGGGGAUGCUACAGGAUGGACAUUUAUUUCGAUGGAGAAAAGGUACCAGAACAAUCACCAACAUAUUUCCAUGUCCUGACUUCACACCGAUUAUUGGAGAGGGAGACGCCACUAAUAAAAGUAUAAUCAGACGACCUAGACUUUUUAUUGGAGAUGAUGGAAACACCAUUUUGUUAUUUUCACGACAUAGUGGAGUUUAUAUUUGGAGAAGUGUCGGAUUUCACAACAGUGGAUGGACAAGAGUAACAAUAGGAAAUGCUGCGUUUGCAUUGUUUUCUGCUAAAGGAGUAACACUAGAUGCUGUGUUCUUUAAUGAUGAGGUAGAAGGAUCAACUUGUAAUUGCUCGUUUGUUUCGUCAUCUGACAACAAUCUGACAGUUGGGACAUUAUCAUUAAGACUCAACCAACAGGAAUGUCCUGCAACCUAUUUUUUGAACAAAUAUCCAUGUGGUGAUUUUCAUCCACCUUGUAUUCCUAUACAUGCAAGAAAAUCUCUUUUACCUUGCUGGUCAAGAAAUGGUAGAAUACUUUCUGUAGCAGUGAAUCAGAGGAUGCCAUCAAUGACGAAGAUUCUUUUAAUACAACCUCAUACUGGUGCUGUAAUAAGUGUCGGAUUUACUGAUGUUUUGAAAAAUGCUGUUGCCAUGAGUUUCUGGAUAACAUGUAUGAGUUGGACAUUUGACAAUCUUAUUCUGGCAUGUUCAACAAAACAAGGAGCAGUUCUUCUCGUGUCAUCAUCCGGAAAUAUUUUAAGUUUAAUGGCUGAAACGUUGACUGAAAAUUUUGGUCCUGGUAUUUUCUUACCUCUUGAAGGAUUAGUUGGAUUUCGUAGACCGGCUGUGGAAAACCUCACACGUGAUCCUGAAGAUUCAACAGAUACAUCUAUGCAAUCAUCUAUUGUUCCAGUAAAGAAAAGAAAACCAAAAUUUACAGUUGCUGCUCAUCCACAAUUACCAAUUUUAUUAUGCAGUGAUGGACGAAGCGUUGCCGCUAUAAAAAUGAUAAAUGCAUCUCAAAAACAUGAUAUUAUCGUCUCUAACGUUGCGGAAACCGUUCAACGAUUGUAUAGAAUUAUAAAUCUUCAUCAUCUACAGGUAAAUAUUUUGGAUCCGCUGUCGUAUUUUCUCCCUUCGGAAGCACGGCAAGAGAAUAUGACAGACAAAGAAAUUCGUUGGCGUAAAAUUAUCAAACUUCGCCAUGAGAAAAUAUAUCUUAUCAAAGAUAAAAAUGUUACUGAGAAUGCAGGACAAGCUGCUCCUGUUUCAUUCAUACUACAAGAUUCUGAUCACCCUACCUCUGGUUACACAAACACAGAAGAAAAAUCCAAUGAUGAUGUCGAUGAUAAAGAUGAAUUACAGUCACUGAUGCAAGUUUCCGCUAUAAAUUUGUUGGCUGAGAUUGCAACUUGUCGAACAAAGAUAUUAUCAAUUUUGACUUUGAUGCUCGUAUCCUCCGAAGAAAAACAAAACCAAAACAACGACAAUCGAACUCAAAUUGAUGCUGACGUAAACGAUUUUACAGAAAAUGAAUUAAAGAAAAUGUUCAUGCUGACGAUAAAACUUUAUUGUGAUAUUCUUCUGCAGCUUGAAGAUGUUGUAGAUUUGCUUCCAUAUGAACCAAACACAAGUUCUACUACGAGGACAACAAAACCGCUUUCAUUACGAGAAUUGAUUUGUGAUGCACCAGUAUCUCUCGGACGUGGCAUCGUUUCACUUAUAUUAUGGAACGAAAUGACACAUUCAGAAUCUACUUUGAUAUCGAUGAUCAUUUUUGAAAUUGUAAACACGUUACUGAUGUCCAGCAGAAAAUCUUCAGAAGGAUGUUUGGGAAAUGAAGAUAUUGCUCAGAAUAUACAUCGAACUUUUUUGUUUUUGAUCAGAAGUGAAUCUUUCAUGACAAAGAAGUCAAGGUUUCACUGCAAUUCAUCUAAAUCCGACAUCAUUUCAUCCUUACAAUCUGUUGAACAUGUCAAUAUUGAUCCCAACCCUGAAAAUGAAAAUAUGGACGUUGCAUCAGACCCAGAAGAAAAUAAUAAUGAUGUAGAAACUUCAGAAACAACAAAUUCAUUCUAUUUUACAUUGUCUUGGAAAUUACUGGGUGAACAUGUGAUGAAAUUUCAAAUGAUGAAUCAGAAUUCGAAAAAUGAACUUCCUUUGAUUGAUGCCAUAGUUUCCUAUAUACAAAUACACACUUCAAAACAGCUAGUUCCAAUUCCAUGCACUGUGAAGGAUGACAAAAUACUGACAACAAGGAAUAUUGUUUAUAUGUGUAACUGCUUGUCAAAUUAUGAUAUCUGUAAUGCGUUGUCAUCUGCGUAUGCGAUUGUUUCAUCUCAGCUUACUAAUACAAGUAAAUGGACAGAUGAGAAAUGGUCUCCUGUGGAAAUGAUAGCCCAAGUGAUGGCUUCAUAUUUUUGUGGUUCUGAAGUACUGGUGCCUACUUGUAUGACGUCGAUAUCGAAAGAUGUAAAAUAUGGAGGGGUUUCAAACAGUCAUUUUGAUCAAGCUGUGAGACUUGAACAAAAGCUCAUUAUAUCUGCUGUCAGAGAUCAUUCGUUAGAUGAAUCAUGGAACAUCAACACUGCAAUUUUGCUGUUACUUUCAUGUGGUCAGAUAAAACAAGCUUCUCUAAUCGCUUUUUCUGUCGGCGAUUGGAGAUCAGCAUUAACGCUUUCUGCUCUUCACGAAAAAACGAGCUUUUUUGAGACAGACUUUGCAACAAAUUCACUUUAUAAUGCUGUCUCAAAAUCUGACAAAAUUGAUAUUUCUGUCCUAUUGAAGAACCGGCUAGCUGAUAUUUUUUCUAUGUUAUUUGGUGUUAAAGUUCAUUUAGAAGAUGACAAUUCUCCAGGAAUUAUUAUCAAUGAUGACGCAAAGUAUUUGGGAUUAGAUCCGACUCUUUACACAAAAUGUCUUUCUGAUUUUUUUAAAGUGUCCGUAAUGGUUGGGGAAAAUGUCACAUCUUGGUCAACAUGUGCCAUGCUCGGUGCAUUGAAAAUGAAAUGCACUAAUAUUAUCUCUCUUGUAAUUGAUAAUAAUAUUCGUCUACCCCACCCACAGUUAUAUCUACCUCAAUCAGUGACGCAAACACUUGGAAACGAAAGUGAAGUCAAAACGAGGAUGGAAAUUGCUGGAAUGUUACGUACUUUACUCACAAUGUUACAGUCUAUCGGUAUUACUCGUGUUGUUGCGCAAUGGUAUUUAAAGUGGUUAGAUCGUGAAACAUCAUGUGACCAUCCACAUCAUGAAUCUGUAAAAAGCAAAAAUCUUGAAAUUCCGAAAGGAUAUUCGUUAGCUGAUAAUGACAUGCUGAAAGACGUAAUAACUCAAGGAUUAGAGUUAAACCUUGUUUCAAUGCACGGUGACGCAAGUCAUGACGCAAUAUAUAUUCUUGCUACAGUUUUCAGAGAAAUUUGUGCGAUUUUAUGGAUGUUUCAUGUGCGGGAUAAACUUGCAGUAGCGCUUCGCAAGUAUCAGGAAUUGAGAGAUAAGCUGUCCUUCCUUCUACAAGAUGGCGGCGAUUCAAGAGAUAUAAAUGAAAUGCAGAUAAUGAUGGAAAAAAGCAUCCACGAUUGUUUGUUUUGGACCCGUAAAAUGAUUUCGUUUGCGAAGUUUAUGAGGUUCGAAGCAGAAAUUGAAGAUUUGAUUUUAUGUUUGGUUACGGAAUUACCGUUAAGUGUUGAAACAGCGAAUCUUAUUGCAGAAUUUUUCCACGAUGAUAAUUUUACAACUCCGAAGAAUAAACACAAAAUGCAAGUUGUUAUGGAAAGAAUGAGAAAAGUGCAAAUUGUUAAUAAAAAUGAUCCGACUACGAAACCGCUGAGCGCUAUAUUCAACGAGGAACGCCAACGUUUAAAAAGAGUGGCAGCAGCAAAAAAAGAUGCAUUAUCACGUGGAAGCCAUUUUUCUUUGCCGAGAACAUCUAUGACAGAUAUAAUGAAAAGUUUGCCGACCGAGGAAGCAGACUCUCGGACAAACACUCUCACUCGAGAUGAGCCAUCUCAAAUAUAUGAUAUGACACCUAAUGACCUUUUGAAAACCCUCGACAAAUGUUAUGCAUUCGAAUCAGAUAAUUUAUACCAUAAAUAUAUUCUUGAAUUUCUGGAAAUAAUUUUGAAUAAGUCUCCUCCAAGUAAAACUUUUACUCCAAAAAAAGAAAAGAAAUCAAGAAUUAUUUCAAGGCCGCUAAGUUAUCCUCUUGUAUUAACGUAUCGGAAUGAAAUUGCGAAAGCUGAAUUAGAGAUGAUACCACCUUACGACGGGCAAAAAGUAACGCCAUUAACAAUGACAGUUCCGAUACCAAAAUAUGCAGAACCUUCAUUAGACUCUGAAGUAGAUGAAAGUAUCGAUACAGUUCAGACAUAUGCAACCACUGAUAGAAGAAAAUUAGGAAUGACAUAUUUCAGCGAUAUAGAAAAAAAGUGUGAAGCGGAAAUUUUUGGUCUUAACCAUGCAAAAGAAAAAUGUGAUUUUACAUCUGUUUUGAGAGAAUUACCACAUAUGAGGUUGGAUGAUGCGUCGCCAAGUUUUCGAAAACGUCUCGCAAGACUGAUGCCUUAUUUUGCUUGGUUAGAACAUUGGAGAACGGAAGUUAUCAAUGUACCACAAAAACAUCAGUAUUCCUUGCAACAGAAGUCUGGAAUGAGAGUUACAAUCAGUACAGAACAUCUUGUUCAUGGUUUUACUGUCGCUGAAUUUAGAUUCGGAAAAAAGGUCAAAUUCAAAACGACAAAGAGAGAUGAGUCUGUGACAUCAACGCUUGUAUCUGAAGAGGUGGAUGGCCACAGUCAAAUUAGUGAGAGUGAGAUUUCUGAAAUCACUCCAAUACCUGAAGAAGAAACUGACAUUGGAGAAACCAAACCACACAGUACUUUUGAUCAACUAUCUCAAGUCGUAGAACAAGAUAUCAAGGAUGAAACUAAAUCUGAGAAAGCAAUCGAAAAGCAAUCUGCUGUGAAAAUUGGAGAUGCUCCUGAUACUUUGAAAACUGUGACUCCGAUUACUGAUGUUUCAAAACAUAGUGAGAAACAAAAACAACAGGAUGAAACAGAACUUGGAAUAGAAGAUCUGAAAGCACCGGAUGUGUCUGCUGGAAACAUUCUAAGAAAGAUGGGGCAAAAAGAACCUUCCGAGGAAAUUGCACAUGAAAUAGUCAGUAAAGCUGAAUCUGUUACUGGAGUUGCUUCGCAUUCUGUUGUUUCUGUCUCAAGCACUGGUUUGCAAUCUGAUAUUAUGCCCGAUGGCGGCGGGAAAUUCAGAGGCUCCAGACUGACAAAGAAAAAAGAUCUAGAAAAACUGGAAUUACAACAUUUAAUACGAAACGAAAUGCAAAGUGUUAUGGUCGGACAUCAAGUUUUCAUUCUAGCUCAAAUCUUACAAUCUAUUGCAUUGCACGUCAGUACGAAUCAAAGUCACAUGACGCCAACACCUACACCUCAACAACAUAUCCCAUUACAACAACAACAACAAUCCCCUCCGCAGAAGCUGCGGAAAAACGACGGAAGAUUACAAAUGUUAACGUUAGACGGACAAUCAUCAUACGUGUUCCCAGAUCCAAAACCAACACAACGACAGUCGCGACAAUCUCGCGCUCCUCUCAAAAUUUUAUCUGAAAAUAGAUCAUUACUUAUGUCACACACAAGAUACCUUCAUGACGAAUCCAAUAAUGUUACUAACGUUCACCCAUCAGGAAAAAGUGCUUCGCAAGUUCCACCCCCUGUACCAGUUAUGUAUGAUGAAAGAAAAGUUCCACAUUAUGGUACCAUCAACCAAACCAAACCCGUUUCUGCUCCACAAGAAAAACCCAAAAAAGCAAAAUUUGAAUCGUCCGUCUUGACAGCAGAUAUGCUUGAAUCGAAACAACCUACUCAUGAACAACAAUCAGUCGAAAAAGGGGCGUGUCCAACUUGCCACUCCCAUUCUGAACCGAAGCAGCAAACUUCUAGGUUACCAUUACUCCAACUAGCAGGUAUCAGAGGAGCAAGAUCUAAGGCAUCAUCUGCACCUGGUAUGCCUGAAUUACCUCAACUGGUUGGAUUGAGACAGUUAUUGAGAUAUGAACAGAAAAGAAUGGAAAAAACACAAUUACAAUCUCAAAGUGUGAGAAACAUUCCACAACUUCCUUUGCUUGAUGCCACAAAAAUACCUGGUUUUUAUCAACUGAAACCGAAAAUUCGUGAAAUUCCUGUUUUCAAACCCACAAAUAUGCAGCAACAAAGAGUUCAUUUCAAAGAACCAGAAGCUCAAAAUAAAACUGUGGAAAGACUGCGAGAGAGUGGAGUUCCUCCAGAAGAUCAAGAAGAUUCUCAUGAAACACCUCGAUUAAAAAUACCGAGUGAGUUACUACCUCGAGUGUUAUCUCAAGAAGAGGCUGAUAAAAUAAGAAAUGGAGUGCUAGCUCAUUACAAAAUCGUGGCUGAUCAACAAAAGGCAAUGUUGCGAGAAGCUGGGCAACAAACGGUGGAGAUACAAGAAAAACCGGAUAAAUUUCCUCAACAUCUCGCAGAAGAACCAUAUCAAUAUCAAGAACCUAUUCGUCUGCCGAAGAAACAUAAAAUUGACAAGUAUGAGAUGCACGAAGACUUUGCUCAGAGAUUCCUAAGUGUAGAAGAGAGAGAAAGAUCUACUGCUAGCUCCAUUAAUACAACGAGUGACAAAAUCAGAGCAGAGAAAGUUGCAAGAAUUCAAGGUCCAGAUAAAGAUCAGAUACCAGCAAUGCAGAAAAUGGUUGAAUCACGUUGGUCAUCUGCUAUGAAUCAAAUGUCGAGUGAGGUGGAAGCAAUAUCAGGAAUUGAUAGAGAUUUGAGAUAUCGAAGAUAUGAGGAUGAAAUGAAUGGAAUAGAACAAGCAAGACCACCUGUUAUACCACAUGAUAUGCAACAGAUUCAUCUAAAAUCGGCUUCCCAAUCAAGCAUACAACAUGAUGACAGGUCACAAUCUACAACAGUUCAUUCUACUCAUUCAGAACGAGAGACUUAUAUUCCUAAGCCUGGAAUAAUUGGUGAAAUUGGUGAACGCAUCAGGAGAGAAAAAUUUGAACCAGCUUAUGUGCAACGCAGAUCUGCGUUUGAAACUGAUUUCAUGAAAUAUAGAAAGAAAAUUGAUGAAGCUUUGCAGUUAGCAGAUCCAGGUUUAUACAGAGAGAAAAGUGAUUCCAGUUUGAGAUCAUCUCGUCAUACUGCUGCUGCUUCAUCUAGUUUACAAAAGAUGGAUGAUACAAUGUUGAGUUCAUUAUCAUGGGAUGAAUUAGAAGCUAUGAUUACUGAAUCUGUGUUGAUGGAUGCUGGAACUGAUGGUGGAGAUUGGACUGCGGAAAUGAGUAGCGUAGAUGCAAGGAUACAAGAUAGUCUUCAAUUACUAAAUGAAUUACAAACAGAUCAACAAGAAUUCAAACGAGGCCCUAAGAAAGACAAUCGUGUAACCAAACAACAAAAAGUUCAGAAUGCCAAGAAAUCCAAGAAACAUGCAGCAGAUGUUGAUGCUCGGAUAAAUGAUGCCUUGUCUUUACUUGGUGAGAUCAAGAACGAUCAACGUCAAAUCAAAACGGGUCAAUUAACAAUGGUGAAAAGCUCUACACCAUCACAAAAAGGUCUUGGAAAAUCAAAGGGUGUGGACAAUUGGACAAUGGAAGCAAUGGAUUUACUAAAUGAACUAAAAACGGAAUUUGAACCCUCGAAGAAAGUUUCCGCCAAAGAGAAUUAUCCUCCAACUUAUACUAGAAAAUCUGACUCUGAAAAUAUGAGAGCACAUAUUGAAGAAGCAAUGGCUUUAUUGAGAGAUGAUAAUACGAAGUAAUCGUCAUGGCAACAGUUUGAUGGGACAGCUGAAGUAUUACUCUAUAACAGUAAACUAAUUAUACCUAACUAUAUGAACACUUGUCAAUAACAAUAUUUUUAUAAAUUUAAUUUUGGGUAAUGUUAGUUUGAAUUCAUUUGUAUAGUGGUUGAAAUGCCCAGUGUUACUUGUAGAGAAUCCGUUGUAGAAAUAUCAUGAUAAUUCACUAAAAGAUGUUUCUAACAGUAUUUACUAUUCUAAAUUCUUGAAAACAUGCUAUUCAAUCUCUUUCUAUAUCUAAGUGUACUUAAUAUUUAUUGACUAUAUAUCAGCUAACAUCCUAGUUUACUUAACAAUAAUGUGCUUUAUGUAUUAUCAUCACAUUAAGAGUAUUUUGUGGUGAGAGUGAAUUAUUGUAUUAGUAAUACAAAUCCUAGUUGAAAUUUCUAGUGAAGGAAGUUUUUGUAUCAUAUGCACAGAAGUGUGACAUUGACCUGUAAUUGAAUUACUCCUAAUCUGCUGUCUCUCUAUACUUUGUAGUUUCAAGACAUUUUCCACUGUGAUUUCUUCAUAUUACACAUUAUAUUAGUUUUUAUAAUCCCCCUGAAUUUUGAAAAAUGCGCCAUGCAUGCAUAGGUUGCACAAGCUAUACUGUAAAAUUUCACACUUUUUUUGUCCACAACGUCCUUUCUAAUGUGCAUCCAUAAUGCCAUUUAUAUACAAUUUUGCAAAGUUUGAAAAUCCAAAAUUUUCAACACUUUUAGUGGAUAAUCAGUGGUACGAUGUCAAUAUGUAUUGACGUUACGAUAUGGAAACCAAUAUUACUUGUUUAUCUUCUCUCACCAAGACUGUACAAUAAAUAUUAAUACGAAGCCUUGAUAUAUCCGGAUGUACAAAAUUUAGCCUAAGACAUUGAAAUUUACGAAGAUUAUUACUUAGAUUAUAGUUAUUCUAUUGGUGUUGUUUAUCCAUAGACUUUGGAAAUUAUGAUUCAUAUAUUAUAUUUUUAUUUAUUUGUAUCUUUUUAUAUACUCAGUGUAGAAACCAAGCUUAAAUAAAUUUACUCAUUCUCUCGUGAAA